AUGGCCAACCCAGGCCACGAACCCGGACUUGUGCAGCUGGUGAAUUACUACAGGGGAGCAGACAAGCUGUGCCGCAAAGCCUCUCUGGUGAAGCUAAUCAAGACAAGCCCUGAACUAUCGGAGUCCUGCACGUGGUUCCCUGAGUCGUAUGUGAUUUACCCAACAAACUUGAAGACCCCCGUGGCUCCAGCACAGAAUGGAAUUCGCCAUCUCAUAAACAACACAAGGACAGAUGAGCGGGAAGUCUUCUUGGCAGCUUACAACAGGCGGCAGGAAGGCAAAGAAGGCAACGUGUGGAUCGCCAAGUCCUCAGCUGGUGCCAAAGGGGAAGGCAUCCUGAUUUCUUCAGAGGCUGCAGAGCUCCUGGACUUCAUCGAUGAGCAGGGACAAGUGCACGUGAUUCAGAAAUACCUGGAGAAGCCUCUGCUUUUAGAGCCAGGGCAUCGCAAGUUUGACAUCAGGAGCUGGGUUCUCGUGGAUCAUCAAUAUAAUAUCUACCUCUACAGAGAGGGUGUCCUGCGGACCUCUUCCGAACCAUAUAACAGUGCUAAUUUCCAGGACAAAACCUGCCACUUGACCAAUCACUGCAUUCAGAAGGAAUAUUCCAAAAACUAUGGGCGGUAUGAGGAAGGGAAUGAAAUGUUCUUUGAGGAGUUCAACCAGUAUCUGAUCGGUGCAAUGGGUGUGUCUGCAGGGCUUUUAAUCCUGGCUUUCUGUUUUUCCCUUCACAGAAGCUGCCUUAUGUGUAUAGAGCCUGCAAUCAGCACAAAGCAUCUUCACUACCAGAGCUUCCAGCUCUUUGGCUUUGACUUCAUGGUGGAUGAGGAGCUGAAGGUCUGGCUGAUAGAAGUCAAUGGGGCCCCAGCGUGUGCCCAGAAGCUGUAUGCAGAGCUCUGCCAAGGAAUUGUGGAUGUAGCCAUCUCUAGCGUUUUCCCCCUCAACGACACUGGGCAGAAGGCGAGCCAGUCGUCAUCAAUCUUUAUCAAGCUGUGAUGACAACAGUAAUGCCUCUGCUGUGCACAGGGAGAGACUGCACCCAUCGGGUCAGCACAGUUCAGUGGCUUAUCUCAGUAUCAUGCCAAAAAGUGAUAGAGACGGGCUUCUUAUUUUCUGGAAAAUCAUGGGGAAAAACAACAAAACAGGCAUCCACACAGAGCUGCAGUGAGCCACAGCUGCUCAGACAACUCUGCCUGCAUUCACCAAAAUCCACUUUAGAAACAGCUCGUGUGACUUUGAUAUCUGAAACAAAUCUCUCUGGGAGAACAACAAAAUAACCUUAAAAUGAAACCCCAACAGGGAUACU